AUGACUGGCACUCCCUUCACACUCUACACCCACGCCGGCCCCGGCCCCAACCCCGUUAAGGUGGCCAUUACCCUUGAGCACCUCGGUCUCUCAUACGACACCGUGCCUCUGGGCUUCGGUGAAGGCAAGGGCACCGUCAAGGAUCCCGAAUACACCUCCAAGGUCAACCCCAACGGACGUGUUCCCGGUCUCAUUGACCACGGCAACAGCGAGUUCACUGUCUUCGAGAGUGCCGCCAUCCUCCGCUACCUGGCAGACAAGUAUGACGCCUCCGGAAGCCUGGCCGGUAAGACCGUCGAGGAACGCGCCGCCGUUAACCAGUGGCUCGCCUGGCAGGUGUCCGGCCUCGGACCCUACCAGGGCCAGCUGGUCUGGUUCCUCGCCUUCCACGAGGGCGUCCACGGCGAGAAGCCCAACCCCAGUGUCAUUGCUCGCUACCAGACUGAGGUCGAGCGCCUGCGCACUAUCCUCGAGGGUCACCUCACCUCAGCCGAGAACGGCUUCGUCGCUCUCGGCCGUCUCACCAUUGCGGAUUUCGCCAUCUUGCCUUGGUUGAAGCUUUCGGGCCUGGCCGGACCAGCCCUCAAGCCCUUCGAGGAGUACCCCGCUAUCAAAGCUUACAUCAAGAUGUUGGAUGCUUUGCCCGAGGUACAGGCUGCUUACAAAAAGGCUGUUCCUCCCAUGUAA